GUAGACGCAGCUCGGACGGAUGGGUGUGCAGCGAUACCGCUUACUGUGCUUUAAGCCUGAGGCAUAACUUAAUGUGGCUGGUGCGUUUAACAACUGUUCAGCCACACAGCGCCAGAAGCUCCCCCAAUCUGCCACAGCUUGUUCCAUCGUCAUCUCUCUCUCUCCCUCUCUCUCUCUCUCUUUCUCUGUGUUCCUUCCCACCUUCUCAUCUUAUCUCAUCUGUGCCCAAACUCUCUUUACAACCUCUGUACGAGCUUUAUCCUGACAACAUCACUCUUUCCGCAUAUUAGGUUUUCAAUCCCACAGAAUCUGUUCGCUUGCUCAGUCCAGGAACACCGCUCUCCGUCUUCUUCCCGUCAUGCCUGCCACCACGGCGGACACUCUCUCCCUGGUCCAGCGGACCGUCACGGUUGCCCCUUUAGUCCUUCUCUCCGUCGCAGAUCACUAUGGUCGCUCAGCAAAAGGCACCAGGAAACGAGUGGUAGGUGUGCUGCUAGGAGAGAAUUCAGGUCACACCGUUCGUGUGUCAAACAGCUUCGCCGUCCCCUUUGAGGAGGAUGAGAAGGACCCAUCUGUGUGGUUUCUUGACCACAACUUUGUCGAGUCGAUGAGAGACAUGUUCAAGAAGAUCAACGCUCGGGAAAAGCUGGUUGGAUGGUACCAUUCGGGUCCGAAGCUGCGCGCCUCGGAUUUGGAGAUCAACGAGCUCUUUAAACGAUACACACCCAAUCCCCUACUGGUAAUCGUGGACGUUCAGCCAAAAGAAGUGGGCGUACCGACCGAUGCCUACUUUGCCGUUGAUGAAAUUAAAGACGAUGGUACCACGACGUCCAGAACCUUUGUUCACACCCCGUCCAUAAUCGAAGCCGAGGAGGCCGAGGAAAUCGGAGUGGAGCACCUGCUCCGUGACAUCAGAGACGUCGCUGUGGGAACACUUUCUACUCGGAUAACGUCUCAAUUGCAAUCGCUGCAGGGCCUGCAUUUACGCCUGCGUGACAUCGGCCAGUAUCUGCAGAAAGUCAUCGACCAGGAAUUGCCCGUCAAUCAUGCCAUUUUAGGCAAUCUCCAAGACGUGUUCAACCUUCUUCCUAAUCUAUCCACCCCUGCUGCAACGCCGCGUUUCAGCGAUGGUGCCCCAGAGCAGCAAACAGAUAACAGCGAUUUGGCUCGAGCUAUGAGCAUAAAGACAAAUGACCAGCUGAUGGCGAUUUACCUGAGUAGCUUGAUUCGCGCCAUCACUGCCUUCCACGACCUAAUCGAGAACAAGAUUCAGAAUCGCCAACAACAAGAAGAGACCGAGCUGAAGAGGGAGCAGGAAGCCACUGCAGCCAAGGGCGAGAGGGAUACGACUAAGAAGGCAGGCAAUGGAGCUGCCAAUGGAGAGCAGAAGGAGGAUCAAGAGGGAAUUAAGGACAAGUCCAAGAAGAGUCCAAGGGGAGAAUAG